AUGAAUUCUUAAUAAUAGUAGAUAGAUAAUAGAACUCGUAAUAGGUACUCUAGAGUUAAGAUACUUACAUACGAUAGAUUAAGCUAUUUAAUUUAGUUUUCAGAAGAGAAACUUAUAUUUUUUAGUUCUGAGUUGCUUGAAUAAAUUCAAACUGUUAGGUAAUUCCAUGGAGAAAUUUUGACAGUUGCUACAAGUAGUUCAUAGGGUUUAGUAUUUGUUUUUUGUAAGGAAGAGUUUAGCAUAUUAUAGCCUUUUUAUGAUUCAGAUAACUUUUCAAUAAAAUGGGAAAAAGUGUAUAAUCAAAGAGUAAAGGAAUCCAUAAAGGACGGCUAUUCCUCUUUUGAUGAUUAAUACUUGAUCACAUGUUCAGAUCACUCAAUUAAAAUAUGGAAUGUACUGUUUGAUAUUCAAAAUAAUGUAAAUACUGUAUCUAAGAUCUAGCCAAUAUUCAAUUUGAACGUAAGGGAGGAUAUCAAAAAUGUUAAAUUCUCUCCAGAUUCAAGAUAUUUUACUACAAUGUCUGAAGUCUCUUCGAUUAUUUUUGUAUGGGAUUUUAUAAAAAUAUUGGAUAAUCAUACAGGCUAUUUAGAUGAAGGAUAACAAACGCCAAGUGACAACAUAACAAACUAUGUUCUAAAACAUGAAAAUGAUAUAAAAACUUAUAAAUUUAGAGAUAGCAUCAAAUCUCCUUAGCAACCAUAUGGGCCUAACACUAUUGUUUCUAUAGAUGUAUAAGGUAUCCUUAAAGUUUGGUAAGAAUCUCCUGAAGAUGAAGCCAUGUUUUUCCAUAUUCAUACAGUUUAAUUGGAAAACAUUAACAACAUUAGCUCUCUUUCAUUUAGCUUUGUCUACUUCAGCUCAAACUAUGCCAAAAAAGAUUUAGGAUAUCUUUAUUAAUCAAUAAGUAACCAAACAAACAGCUAUGGGUUAUAUGAAAAGGAUGACUUUACUUCCUUAGAUUGGAUCAUAGUUUUGAAAGAUACUUCUAUGGAUCUUUAUUGUAUUUCACAUUUAAGAAAUAUUUCAAAAACUUCAAAGAUAGAAAGAUUUUCUAGUUUAAAUAAUCCUAGAUUACUCAAGUAUAUUAGGUUUUUGCUCUAUGCUUAAGAAAAAAAGCGUAAAGAUAGCGAAUAUAUUCACUUUUAUGGGUUAGACUACCUUGGAAAUUUAGUAAAGGUUUAGCAAAAUAUUAAUUAGCCAAAUGAUAUCAAAACUUACAUUACUAAUAAGAGGCUGUAUGGUAAGAUUUAGAAUUUUUCUUACGAUGAUAGUUCAGACUCGAUUAUUACUUUAGACAGUAAUUAAAAUCUAUGCUAUUAAGCUUCUCCUUAUCAACAAAUAUUCCCACAAAGGUAUGACUUUCUCUCAGAAGACAGUAAUUGGCAGUGGUCCUUUAAUAGUAAAAUAUAAGUUAUUAAAUUAGUUGAACACUAUAAGAAUAAUGUUUUUAUAUUUGAUGAUAAGCUGAAGGUUUUAGAGAUAAUUCAGUUAGUACAUUAAGAAAAUAAGUUAUUGCAACAGUAAUUAGAUAUAGAAGAUUAAGCUAAAGAUAUAGUUGGUUUAGCUUACUAGAAGAGUUAAUUUGAAUAUCAAAUCAAGACACUCUCCAAAUACUAAAAUGAGAAUGGAGAAAUAUUAUUAGAAUUCUUAAUUUAUCCUCUUAACACAAAUAAAUUGAUUGCAGUGAGAUUUAAAUUGAAUUAAGAAGCUUUUAAUGAUAAGAAGAGCUUUUAGAUAGAGGUUUUGUUUAGAUAUGAAAUUGCUGAUUAUUUCUAAAAAUUUAAGCUUUACAACUACAAUUCAAGAGAAGUAAGCUUUAAACUUUUAACUAGAGAAGAGAAACAAAUUUGUUUUUAUGAAGUCAAAGGCCCUGAAAUUAAAAAAAUUUAAAAUAUUUCUCGUAAACCAGAUACAAAAAGAGUUGAUUUUAUUAAAUAUUCAGGUUGGGUAAACUCUAAGCCAUAGCUUUUUUAUAUUAUAACUUUUAAUAAUGAAAUUGAAUUCUACAAUGAAGACAAAGAAAUUUUGACUAAAUUUAAUUUAAAAAACCUUCUUUAUGGUGUUGACACUAAGCUCUACGACAUUAGUUAGGUUAGUAUAUUGGUUAAACAUUUCUACGAUAACAAUUUUAUUCUUGCUGUUGAAAAUUAUUUAAUGCUAUUCAAUCUUUAAUUCGAUAAACGUAAAUAGAGUUAUGUAAUUAACCUAGUAAAAUAAAAUAAAAAAUCUAAUGAUCUUUACUACAAAAGAUUCUCUCGCUUUACUUAGCCUUCAAACUAUGAAAUUAUAGUUACCAAAGAUCUAAAAAUGAUUAUCAAAACUAAUGAAACGAUCAUGCGUUUUAAUGGAUUUUUUAACGAAUAAGUUAUCGAUAUUAAUCAACUUGAUACCUCUUAAGAUUAGCACACGUUGCUACCAGAAAAUUUUUAUCGCAAAAUUGUGUCUUCAUUAAAAAUUUUACCUCAUCACCACCCUGAAUUCAUAUAUGAGCUUCUCACUAUAGGUAAUUUUGAAGUUGCUUAAAUUAUCUUGUACAAAUGCUUGCUCAGCUUGAUAAAAAAUAGAUACGUUAGCUCUAAGUUUUCAUUUAGCAUCACUAAGCUUUAUCACCUGUUCUUACAAAAAAAAAUUGGAACACUAAAAGUAAAGAAUGAAUUCGAAGAUGUUGAUCUACCUAAUUAAUCUUUAGUAUCUAAACUCUCUAUAAUUGGAAAUACUCUUUCUGAAGACAUCUUUGAAUAAAAGGAUUAUGCCACAAAUAGAUCUGAUUAAUUUUUGUAUGACAUCUUAAAAGUUCUGCAAGAAGAAAAAGAUGUAUUUAGACUUGAGGGUAAUCAAACAGCUUUCUUAGAAACUUUAGUCAAAUUUUUGAUAGAUUUAAAAGAAAAAUAUGAUUUUGAUAUAUUCGGCAAGUUGUUUAUGUUCCACGUUUCUAUAUUUAACAACUAGAAGUUUAUAAGUGGAGCUUAAUAUAAACCAAGGUCAUUAUUCACAAAAGAAAUAGUGUGGGCAUGCCAUUCUGAAGCUAAAGAUUUUAUAUCAAAUGAGCUUUUUGGUAAAUACUUAGAGGCUAGAUCUCUUAAAUGGGAUAUUCUAAGAAGAUAUUGUUAUCCACUUUGGUAAACUGAUACUUUGCAAAUAACGAAAUACUUAAACGAAAUAGCUACUAUCACGUUCUUUAAUAGAGAAUAAGCGUUAAAAGAUAGUGCUUAAGUAGAAAAUCAAGGUGAAAUUAAUCUGAAUAAUGCAAGUUUAUGGUAUGUAUUAGGAGGAUAGUUAAAUAUAUUGAUAAAUAAAUUGGAUGAGCUAUUUCAAACAACUUCUGAUCCAAUCAGAAGGAGAGCUCUAGGUUAAAGAGAUUUAUUACAAAAAGCAAAAUAGUAUAUUCAUACAAAGGUAGAUUUAGACUUCAUGAGUAUGUAAGAAAAGGAGGAUUUCUUAAGUGAGCAAUCAAAAAUUAAAUAAAAACUUGAAAAUAAUGCUUUUGAACUUCAAAAGAGAGGAUAAUAUGAAAAAUGUGCAGCUUUCUAUCUUAUAGCAGGUAAAUUAGAUGAUGCAGUAAACAUUAUGAUUGAAAAAUUAGAAGAUAUUUAGUUAGCUAUUUUAACUCUUAAGCUAUUUGAAACAGGAGAUAAGCCUAUUUUAAAGCGAGUAGUAUAAUAACAUUUUAUAGAUGUAGGUAAAUAAAUGAAUGACGUUUUCCUUUAAAAUAUUGGUUAUUAUAUUCUUGGUAAAUAUGUUUAAUCUGUGAAUGCUCUCUAUGAAUUAGAUUAUGAAGAAGGCUAAAAAACUGAAUUCGCUGAAGCUGGUAAGAAAACAUGCAUGGAUUGGAAACCAAAAUUUGAGCCUGAUUUGAGCAGUUUUCAUCCAAGUGCAAUUCUACUAGCUGAAAUGCUUAAAAACUCUCAUAAGGUUAAGUAUCAGCUUCAAGAAUGCAGCGCUAGCUAGAAGAAAUUCUUAAAAUAAAUGGAUGAUUGUAGUAUCUUUGAUGACUUUUUAGGCUCACCCUAAAAUUCAAGCAAUAGCCUUGAGGAACAUUAAGAGGAAGAAGAAACUCUUGAAUUAAAUUAAAACUUAGCUCUUCAUCUAAAGUUGUCUUUGCAAUUUUACAACCUCAUAAAACUUCCUCUACUAGGUUUAGUUUUCUAUAAAACUAAUUAAGAAGAGACUUAAAUGGAUUAAAGUGUUAAAAACUGUAUUUAGAAAUUGGUUUCAAGCCAUAUUGACUUUUUAAUUGAGAGGAGCUUGUCUGAUAAAGACUAGGAUAACUACUUUAUGAAACUUAGAAAAAAUAUAAGUGAACUUGCUGAUUAUUUUAAGAUUAACACCAUAGAUCCAUAUAUUUAAUAAAAAUUUGAUGAAAAAACUCUAAUCCAUAUGGCAGACAAAAAAAUUCAAAAAAUGAAGUCACUCUCACAUUCUGUUUCAAUGAAAAUCGCUCUCGGAGAAAUAGAAAAUGCUAUUUCAUUAUUGCUUAAAUUUUGCACUUAAUCACAACACUUGUUCUAUAGCUUAACUUUUGAUAACAAUCUAAAGCUGAAAUAAUAGCAUUUUUGGAUGAAUUGCAUUUAUAUCACAGAAUAACUUAAGAAAACAAUUGUUUACAUUUAGCAGUCGAAGUAUAUGAGUGAAUAAAAUAUCAUGAUAGAAAUAAAUUCUUUUAAACUUUAUAAGUUAUUUUGCUAUUUUAUUCUUAAUUUAGGUUUAGAAUAAUUUUUGGAGGUCAAUGAAAUAUUAAAGGAAGUAAGCGAUUUCAGUGAAAAGUCCAUCUUAAAGUAGUAGUCAUUUGAAAUGAAGUAUAGUUUCAAAAUUAAUAAACUCAUCGAAAAGGCUAACUAAACAAGAGAAUUAAAGUUUAAAAACGCUAAAGCUACAAGAUACCAAGAUAUGUUUGCAGAAGCUUUCCCUACUUCGCCCUAUCAACACCUAGAAGAUAAAAAGGAAUAAAUUUCUUCAAAAUAAAAUCUUAACAAUGAUGAUUAAGAAAAUAAUUAAAAUAAUAAAUACAAAAUGAUCCUAUUUUCGAUGAUAAGAUAUAUGUCAAUUAAAAACUUGGAAAUUAUUCUUUCAAAGAACUUCAAAGGAUAUGAAAAGAUGGAUUGCUAAUUAGACAAAUUUAAUUACAUCAACAUUAUUAAAUAAGUUGAAUUUUAUGCUAAGAAUUAAAAGAAAAUAUUUAAAGCAUUGAUGAAACACUUUUCUGCCUCUGACUAAAAUAGGAUUUUAGAUUAGAUAUUGGGUAUAUUUGAAGAUUCUAGCUAUUUUUAGCAUGCAUCUUAUUAUAAGAAUCUCCCUUCUUAUGCUGAUCCAGAUGAGAUUUAUUAAUUUAAAUAAAACCUUAAAUAAUUUGAUAAAUUUGAAAAUCUUUAUCACCAUCUUAAGGCAAAAAUACUUGUUUAGUAGUAUCGCCAUCCAAACUAUGAAUGGUCACUUUUAUAAGAAAAGGAGAAAUAGGAAAUAUUUAAAGGUGGUAUAGAAGUAAUCAAAGUAAAGUAAGAAUAAUUAAGAGGGUUCUGCAUUAAUAAUUAUUAGAGUACAAAUCGUGAAAUAAUUUGUCUGACAAAUAAAACUUUCAGAAAAGUUGAUUUGAUAGAACAAAUUGUGAAUAAGACUCGUUUUUAAGAUGGUUUAUCUUUGUGUGAAGAAGAAACAUUCUCAAUCGAUCCAGCAACUGAAGAUAGGAGAACUGUUCAAAAAGUAACAAAUCAGCAGUUAGAUCAAAAACCUUUAGUUAUAAAAUUGGCUGCAAAGCUUCUUAAUAGUAGAUAAAUAAGGAGAGAUUUGCUUAAUCAAGAAGUGAAACUUAACAAAUUUAGAUAUACAUAUUUUGAUUAAUACACUGAAUAAGAAGUAGCAGAUUUGAUUAAAUAUGGAAAUAUCAAAAAUAUAAACGAAAUUGAUUCUCUUUGCAUAGUUUCCCACCCAAAUCUACCAAUUUUCUUUACAGGUGGCAGAGGUAUUGUUGAGAUUUGGUCAUGCAAUAAAUUUACUAAGAUUAAUGAUUUCAAUUACCAAAGCAAAGACCCUAUUGUAACACUAAAAAUAUCUAAAUUUGGUGAAAAAAUAGGAGGUAUUGACUCAUCUGGAAGUUUGUAUUUGUGGAAAUUCCAUAAAAACACAAAACUUUUCAGUCCAUUUUUCUCAGCUCUUUCGAAUAAAUAAAGAUAAAUUAAUGAUUUUUGCUUUAUAAAUCAUGGGUCUAUGAUAGCUGCUAUAACUAAUUAUCAGUUGCUUAUUUUUGACACAUUGAUGCCUUUGAAUUUAAGCUAAAGCGAAAUAAAAAAUAUACCAGGCAACUUCCUUAAUUAUUCUAGCAACAAAAAUAUAAUAUUAAUUACAAAUAGUAAGAAAUGCUUGAUAUCAAUAUAUGAUACUAAGAAAAAUGACAUAAAAAGAUAUAUUGAGAAUAAGGAUUAGACCUUUGGCUAAGAAUACAGAUGUACUUUCCUAAAUAAAAGAGAAAAUGCUUUUGUAGUAGGAACAAGUGACGGCUUCAUUAAGAUUUUUGAACUUGAAACGUUUUCACUUGUCAUAUAAUAUUAAGUUUUCAAAUAAAUUGAAAAGAGGCCUCCAGUUUCAGUUGCUUAAAUUUUGUAAAUUAAUGAUAGUUUGUUUGCUUCUAGCUCAGAUGGAGUUAUAUAAAUGAUUCAUCCAGCCAUUUUAUGA